AGCUCGGCUCGACACAUGUUUCCGUUGCCAAUCCUAGCUUGCGAUCUGUUCGUCGACGGAACGUUAAGUCCCGAUGUCGGGGGUGGUAGGAAUGACGUGUGGGUGGCGCACGUGCAGGCGCAGGCGAUGCAGCGGCCGCUGUCGUCGCUGGUGCUGGCGCUGCUGCUGCUGGCGGGCGCGCUCAGCACGCUGCUGGUCGUGCGCUCGCCGCCGGGCCGGCCCGCCCCCGCCGCCCCCACGCCCGCCCCCGUGCGCUACGAGCUGCCCGCGCAGGACCGCAACGACUCCGUCGCGCUGGCGCGCCGCCUCAAAAUCAAGGAGAUGAUGCGGCACGCCUGGGACAACUACGUGCGUUACGCCUGGGGCAAGAACGAGCUGCGGCCGGUGAGCAAGCGCAGCCACAGCAACAGCGUGUUCGGCGCCGCCUCCAUGGGCGCCACCAUCGUCGACGGGCUGGACACGCUGUACAUUAUGGGCCUGCACGACGAGUUCCGCCAGGGCCGCGACUGGGUCGCCGACAACCUCGACGUCUCCGACCUGACGAGCGACCUGUCGGUGUUCGAGACGAACAUCCGCUUCGUGGGCGGGUUGCUGACGUGCUUCGCGCUCACGGGCGACGUCAUGUUCCGCGACAAGGCGGCGCAGAUCGCAGAGCGCCUCCUGCCCGCCUUCCAGACGCAGACCGGCGUGCCCAACUCGCUCGUCAACUUCAAGACUGGGGCAAGCAAGAACUAUGGAUGGGCCAGUGGUGGCUGCAGCAUCCUGUCGGAGUUUGGUACCCUGCACUUAGAGUUCUCAUACCUGUCAGAUGUGACGGGCAAUCCUGUGUUCCGCAUGAAGGUGGACCACAUACGCAGGGUCAUCCAGGCUAUGGAGAAGCCGAAGGGGCUGUAUCCAAACUACUUCAAUCCCAAGACUGGCAAAUGGGGACAACAUCACAUGUCCAUUGGUGGCUUGGGUGACAGCUUUUAUGAGUAUCUGCUGAAGGCUUGGCUGCAGUCGGGCCGCGAAGACCAGGAGGCACGCCAGAUGUAUGACGAUGCUAUGCAUGCCAUCAUCCAGCACAUGGUCCGUGUAUCCCCUGGUGGCCUUACAUAUAUCUCGGACCUAAAAUUUGAUCGCUUGGAACACAAAAUGGAUCAUCUUGGUUGCUUCUCAGGUGGUAUGUUUGGUUUGGCUGCCCACACUCUUAAAAAUGAUAUGUCAGAAAGAUACAUGGAAAUUGCCGAGGGUGUUACUAGAACAUGUCACGAGUCGUAUGACAGGACUGCUGCGAAGCUCGGACCGGAAGCUUUCCGCUUCACUGAGGCUAUCGAAGCAAAAGCACUGAAGAGUAAUGAAAAGUAUUACAUCUUGAGGCCAGAAGUCAUUGAAUCAUACUUCAACAUGUGGCGACUGACCAAAGAUCAGAAGUACAGGGAAUGGGGCUGGGAAGCUGUACAGGCACUGGAGAAACACUGCAGAGUUCCUGGUGGCUAUACAGGCCUAAAAAAUGUUUAUCUUGAUGAUCCUCCAAAGGAUGAUGUGCAGCAAAGCUUCUUCCUAGCAGAAACAUUGAAGUACCUGUACUUGCUGUUCAGUGAUGACAGUUUGAUUUCACUUAAUGAGUGGGUCUACAAUACAGAAGCUCACCCACUGCCAAUAAAAGGUGUCAACCCACUCUACAGAGAGCAAUUAUAAGGACUGACUCUUUAGGAUGCUAAUUUAUUUAUUUCAGGUUAAAAUGUUGGACCAGAGCUGUGAAGUAGAAUUUUCAGAGUUUGGAACAUUCUCCUGUUGAUAUUUUAGUGAAGAGAUGAUUUAAUUGGUUAUUAAGACUGUUAUUCAUAUUGAAUGACAUUAAGGGAAGGGUGACUUUGGGAAUAUUUUAACAAAUAAGUUUUGUAAGCUUCCAAAGUGUUACGAAGUAGUGAUAAAAAAGUGAAGUCACGGGACUGACUGGACCAUGAGUGGACAGUUGUGUGGUGGAGAUGCUAUUCUGUAAUAUACUGUGUGUUUCUGAAUACUGAAUUGAUGAAGACAAGAA